UCUGGUUGCUCUUUGCCAGAAGCGGAAGCCGAGUUGUGUUUUGUAGUUUAAUUGUUGCGAUAUUUAUGUACGUUGAUACGUUGAUGUCAAACUGUUUUAAUUGCAAUUUAUAACUGUUUGGUUAAUUAAAAGCUGUUUGCAUAUUGGAGUAUACGUCGUUUUCAGAUUCACAUUAUUGGAAGCAAACUUAACUUCAGUAGAAUUGGCCUGGAAGAUGCUACAUUUCCAGAAGUCGUAAUGGAUGAAGAAGACACGGAAACCCCAUAAGAUUUGUAAUGCAAUAGAAGCCCCAUAAAGAUACAGAAUACAUUGACUUUGUGCCGGGAAUUUGGAAUAAUUCAGGACUAGAGAAUCAUCAUGGAGCUGAGAUUUGGAAGCGUCAUGUUGUUGCUGUCUUGCAGUCUCCACCAGUCCCUGUGGGGAAUCCUGGCCUCUGUUCCAAACACUGAAGCCAAGAAAUGUAAACACAAACUGAGUGACAAAGGUGAGCCUGUGAAAAAAGUACAGAUGAUUCGACGAAUCCCUGCUCGAUGUUCUGGCUGGGAGGAAGCUUGGUCGUGGAUAUCGAAGAAAGACUGCAGGACCAAAUAUGUGUUGGACUACGUGGACUUACCGAGUGCUGUUCAUCAUACUGAACAGGAGGAUUGUGAAGAAGAGAUGUCUGUCCCUGCACCUAGCAGUCAGUUUGACUUCACCAACGAGAAGUUCCUGGCUAUCACGUUUGGGGCUGCCACCCUUGCCUUGCUUAUCCUGGUGCUUGUCAUAGUUGUCAGUGUCAUCCGAAGGGGUUCUCACAGGUGCAGUCUGUGCGGUAGGGGUCCCACCUACUCUACAACAAGUGUAAAUGACGUAGAUAGUGCUUGUGAGGUGCGAGCCAGUUGCAAUCCGUACGUGGAUGGAACACAGGACAAUGAUCAUGUGUACGAGGAAAUAUUUGACAAAAGUAAACUCAGUUUGGAGGAAGGCAUUAAACAUCCAGGCUACCAGAACUGUAUUGAUGAUGGGAAUGAUAAAGAUAACGGGAAAUUGGUUAAUGGUGUUCACCAAAGACGGCCAGUUACUCCUUCUGCGCCAUUUGAGGAAGAUUUGGGUCUAACUGCUAGAAAAACCGUGCCUAAUGAAUACAGUGUUUUUGACGAUCCUCUGGUAAAGUCUGACGAUGAUGCGAAAGAGGUCAAUGAAUGCGAAUCAAAUGACGUCGAUAGGAAUAUUGAUAAUUGUACAAACGAAAGCUCCAACGAUAUGCCACAAAGUAGUGAAUCAGAAAAUGAACAAAACAAUGAAGAAAUGGAUCUUAGUUCUUUGGAAGAUAGUAAUGUGACUAAAAUUGCUUUGUGUGAAAGAACUGAAAAUGAAUACACUGAAUUUGAGUCAGUUGUUUCAAAAGAAGUCUUAGAUAAUGAGAGCGGAAAGUUAGGAGAAUGUGAUUUAGAUCAAGUCAUCAUUACACCAGAAAAUGACAUUGAAAUGAAAGGUAUUGGUGAUGAUGAAGUAGUAGGCGUGUCACAAAGUGAUGAAUAUACAGCUAAUGCUUCAAAUCUAAUCCCACAUUCCGAUACAAAUAUUAAAGCAAAUGUAGUAGAUAAAACUGAUACUCAAGAAAUCGUUAAAUCACAUGACAAUCAAAUUGAAAUUACUGAAAAUUCAACUUUGCUGACUCAAAAUUUGGGAAGUGGCGAUGUUACUGAGAUUGAUCAUCUAGAAUGUUAGAUACUGAACAUUGAGAAAAGAGUUUAUUCAGUUGCUUUUAAAUAAAGGAAUAUAGAUAGGGUUAUCAGAUGUCAUUGAGAAGCUCAGUGAAGAAUUAUGCAUUAGAAGCAUGAACUUUGCCUGUUUUAUAUUCCAUAUCGUUAUUGAAAACAACGGAUAUGUUUUAUUCUUGUUUAAACAAGGCUGUUCAUUACCGUUUACACAGUAACAUUUUAAGCUUAAAUUAUGUUCAUGUAUAUGUGAACUUGCUUGCUACGAACCUGCUAUGAACAUAUACUUGCUACUACGAAUUGCUGUUUGAUUCAACAACAUUGUCAAAAUGUUAAGUAUGUAAUACCAAUUUGGUUGAAUCAGAAUAUCAUUUCUUGUUCAUUUGUUUGCUGUAUACUGUUUAAGUAUGACUUAAAUCGAUCUUUUAACACUAGUGUCUAGUACUAUCAGUCGGAAUCAAAAAUUAAAUUUUUGCUACAUGAAAACAAACACCUACAGCGUUUAUAAAACAAAAUGUCGUAAUUGGUUCUUUUAUUUUAGUGUUUUUAAAACAAAUAUGUGUUCCGGUAAACCGUUAUAAUAUUCAUUUAUUGAUCAGAUUCUUGUAUCGCCGUAAUCAAAAGAUAAUUUGCUUUAAUACAUGCGACUCAAUUCAAAUGCUUUUUCCUUUUUCAGUAUUUGGUUUUACUUUACAAUUUUAGGGAGAAACUGUCAUGGUGCCAAUUACCCUUAUCUAGCUUAAUUUUGUUCGCAAUGAGACAAGUUUCACUAAAAAAGCCAUCGUUAAACAGACUAAGCAACAACUGUUCAGCUAUAUGAUUGGGUUGUUAUUAUUACCCUCCAAUCUGGUUAUAGCUGAACAAGCGAAAACAAUUUUUUCGUCUAUGUUUUUGGUGAAAAUAUCCCCGACGCCAGUAUUCAAUAUUGAUCUUAUCCUAAGACAGUGAUUCCAUUCAGCCUAUCGGUUAGCUUAAUAUACAGGCCCAUCAAAAAUGUUUUUAAUCUUAUUAUUAUCUGAUUAAAUUCAACCUAAUUUGCUUAUAGAAUUAGACCCUGGGUUUAUAAGAUAUUUUAGGGGGAAAUGAUCAAGUAUAUGUUUUUUCAUGGCACAGUGUUUUUGCAACAAGUUACAAAUGAAUGAAUUUAAUGAAGGCAUAAAUGGGCAUUGAUGGCCAUGAUAGCUAAGAGUUUUCAUUUAUUUCCCAUUCUUUUAACAUAUCUCCUUCAUUUUGACACCCAUACUGCUCACUUUGUAAAUACAUGGGAGUUCUCUUGCUUCCGCUUUUAAAUGGAAUUUGUAUUAGUCCUUUCUCAGACCGCCAUCUAAGCGUUUUUACACAUUUGUAGAUCAGAAAGACAUUUUUGUAAUAGUUCAUGAUGUGUUGAAAAACAUUCACGAAUAUUGCAUGAAAAAAUGAAUUGAUCCGACAUAUUCUUGUAAAGUUUGUCUGACAGUGGUUAUUUCAUAUACAAAUAGAAGGAGUCACGAUUUCUUGCAUCCUCAAUUAUUGAAAUUCCUUUCUGCAUUAAGUUAAAGAAGAUUAAGCAAACAGACUACAGACUUUGUAUAAGACAUGCUGAUAUAUUUUGUGAACGGAAAUCUUUAUUUCUUAUUUUACUUAUUCAAUAAAUGUUAACAAUUUGUACAUAAAAUCAUUUUGUGCAAAAGUUUAAACAAUUGUAAACAAAAAAAAUCAUUUCUAUUCAUUAUUAUGAGUGUUAUUUAUUUGUUUAGGUCCUUCUACAAUAUCAAAUUGGCGGCAAAAGGCAAACAUGAAAACGUUUAAAAAUAUCUUUUUUACUUAGGAACAAUAUAAAUUUCAAGAGUAAGAGUUUCCUUUGCAACACGUUUUGGUGUAAGGAUUUCAGCAGAUAUUUCACAGGAAUAUAUCAUCAGAUCUUUGUUGUAAUCCCGUAUGCAUUUUUACGACAAAAGCCUUUCGACACCAUGAAAAAUAUUAUGUUUUUAUGUUAAACUGAAUAUCAAAUAUAUCAAAAUAUUUUUUUGAAUGAAUGACUUAAAUUUACUUCCUAUUAACAGACAAAGCAAAUGUAUUUCAUCGAUAAAAGUAAUGACAACACAGCCACAGGGCUUUGUUGAUUGGAGAGUUACAAACCUUUGGCACUUUAAACCAUUUCUAAUCUUGUUUCACUUUUGCGUUAUAAUAUAAGCCCUUUUAAACCAAAAUCUAAUAAAAACUUCCUUUUUUAAAACGUACUAAGCUCAUAAAAACAUGUACACAUGUAAGAAAAGACAAAUGGAUUAUGUUAUAUUGAAUCUUCAAAAAAGAGAAUAAAAACAUUUGCUUUUUGAAGAGUAUGUUUUUGCUCAAUCAAAAGUUCGUUUGCACUGUGAAGGUAAUCUAUCAAAAAUGCUUUAAACUAGUCAUAUGUUUAUUUUUCAAUUUCUACAUUGGCGUUUGCAUGCGGUGCUUUUGUUAAUUUGAUUUGCUUUUAUAGUGUUUACUUAUAUGUUCUAUCAAAUGUUUAAUUGAAAAAUUAUUGUUUUUAUUUAUUGUUCUACCUGCAAUUUGGUGUUUAAAUCAUUGUUACUGUAUUUAAUUUGUACAUGUACAUACUAUAACUAUGAUUCAUGCAAAACAAUAUAUGGCUAAUAAAAAUCGAAGUCUAGUUGUUAAAAGUAUAAGC